UUUUUCCAAUUUUCUUUCUGACAAAAUAGAAAGCAGAGAGAGAGAGAUGAUUUUUAUUUGUAUAGGGUUUUGUUCCAAAAACAUUUUAAUCUCUCAAACCCCAUGUUUGGUUUCUAAGAAAAAACGAUAGACAAAACGAAAAAAGAUCUCAUCUUUUUUUUCCUCGAACAAACGGAAAAUGGAAUAUAAUUCAAAUCCCAUUUCACCAGCAACACCACAACACUCAAAAACAACACAAGAACUAGCAAUAGAAGGCCAAAAACAUCUAGAAGAAACAAUCCAAGCUGGUUACCAAAUCCUUUCUUCUAUGAACGAUGAGCUUUGCAACCCCACUUUAUGGUCCACCACCUCCACUGCUACAACUGCUGUGACUUCACCCAUUACUUCUAAAAAUGCCCAAAACGGUGCCGUCGUCAUUACUGUCAAUGGUGAUGCUAAUGCUGCUGUAUCUGAUUCCACUCAUGAGUUGAGUGGUGGUGGUGGUGGUGUGGGUAAUGGAGCUCUUGAUGAAGCUCGGUUUCGGUAUAAGAAUUCGGUUGCUGCUCUUCGUGAUGUUCUUGCGGCAAUUCCUAAUUCUCACAAGGCAAAACCUUUUGAAACGAGUUCUCCAGCAGAUGAAGCUGAGAUUAAGAAGUUGGAAGAGCGAGCCUCCAGCCUAAGAAAGGUAAUUUGCGGAACUUGCAAAGAAGAACACAUAUGUCAAGCUACUCAUAGAUCAAUUACGAGAGAUCAUUACUGACAUAUCUACAUGGCAGACUCCUUGUUCUGUCUGAAGUUCGUUCAGAAAUCAUUAUUUUGAAAGGGGAUGCCUGAGAAUAAAGGACUGAGUCUUUGUGAGGUGAUGGUGUCUAUCUUGACAUUUUCUUUCCUUGCGACACUGAUAUACAUUAACUGUAGAUCUCUAGAGCUAGAUAGUAAGAAGGCGAUUCUGGGUUAGCAGAAAUUAGUAAAACCAAAGAGAUUUUGAACAAGAGAGCAUGGGUUGUAUAUCUUGACGGAAAUUUCUGGUACAAGCAACUUUGAUUGUUUUUUCAUACGCAAUGACAUUCCCUGUUUGAUCACUACAUGAAGUGAUUUCAGACAUUGUUAUUUUUAAUUUGUAAUGUCUGGUUUUUGUUCGCUUUGAACCCCUUAGGAAAUUGUAGCUGCAUCUCAUGAAAUAAACAAUUUAAUUCCUCCACAUAGUGGCCUUACAAUAUAAAUAAAAUACUAUCCCCAACAUGUUUUAAAUCAGAUUACCAAGAAGUUAAUUUGAAGUUGCUUUUUUUGAAAGCACACUCUAGCUGUAAUGCUUUGUUAACAGAUGCAAGGGUCUCCUGUGCAUAUGCUUGUGGUAGCCUGCUCUCUCCUUACCCAAAGUUUUACCUUUUGGAGGUAAUUUAAUGUUAGGUUUCUUACCUAUUGUUUUACCCUUUGGAGGUCAUUUAAUGUUAGGUUUCUCAUCCAACUAAGUCUGUAACAGAGCCAUGAUACGUAAUCAGGUCAAACAUUGUAUCAAGGCAAGGUGACCUUCCUAGAAACUGGAGGGCAUAUACAGGUAAAUUUAAUUUCUCUGUAAAAGCCUGUUUAUUGCACUGUUUGAGCAAACACCUUACAAGUGUUUCAAGUUUCUUUGGCAGCGUCAUUGAUGGCAUAUUUAAAGAGAAAUCGUUGAUGGACCUUUUUAGCAGAAAAUGUUGAUUCUCUUAUAAGCAACUGAUGUUGAAGAACAUCCACAUGUCCUGCGUGUAGGACAGGAAGGCCGUGUAUUGUGGCCUUGCAAUCCUUUUUCUCGCAGAAAAUUUGAUUCGUCAUGUUUGCCUAUCCUUGUCUGCUAGCUACCGUCAGUACAGACCAAACAGAACGAGGUCCCUUCUGCAUUUAAAUGUGGGACUGAUCUUUGCAUCUGUAUUGAUAUUGAAUGCCAACCAAAUUUUGGGUAAAAAAUAAAGGAGGUCGUGUUUGGUUAAAGAUUGCGCUCAGACUGCAAGCUGAGCUGACAUUCAUCACGUAUAUUUAUUUUCCAUUUACUA